UUUAACUACGGAUGAAUUUUCCUGAACACCACAAUGUGUCAUCAUGCAAUGCUAGCUGUUAGCUUGUUUAAGCGUUUGCUGUAAAUGACCUAACUGUUUAGCUUUAUUUUAGUCAGGAUCCCAGUCUGAUCCGAUUAGAUGUUUAUCGUCCAUGAGUCAUAUUUAAAUGGGUUUGAUUUAUCUGCAGAACGGCGGUAACUUUGAUGGCUAGUUGCUAACAGAGUUAGCCAAUUGACAGUGACAGGAACACGUCUUCCAUGCGUCUGCAGCUCAUUCCCCUACCACGCCGGUAAUCAAAACAAAGAAACAGCCCGUUGCUGCAGACAUCAUGGAGCUCCAAGCGGUGUUGAUGGCGGCGGGUGGUGGUUCCCGGAUGACUGAUUUAACAUACAACACCCCUAAAGCAAUGCUGCCCGUUGGCAACAAGCCCCUCAUUUGGUAUCCCUUGAACUUGCUGGAAAGGGUAGGAUUUGAAGAGGUCAUUAUAAUCACCACAAAAGAAGUGCAGAAGAUGAUGAGCAUGGACCCCAAAAUAAAGGUGGACGUGAAGAUGAAGCUGGAUGUGGUUUGCAUCCAGGAGGAUGGAGACAUGGGCACCGCUGAUGCUCUCCGACACAUUCAGCAGAAGAUUAAGACUGACAUCCUUGUUGUGAGCUGUGACCUGAUAACGGAUGUGGCGCUUCAUGAGGUGGUCGACCUUUUCAGGGCCCACAAUGCAACACUAGCCAUGUUAAUGAGCAAAGCCCAUGAAUUCACAGAGACUGUCCCGGGGCAGAAGGGCAAGAAAAAGACAGCGGAGCAGAGAGACUUUGUGGGUGUGGAUCAGUCAGGGCAGCGGCUGCUCUUCAUGGCCAAUGAAGCAGACCUAGAGGACGGCCUCUCCCUUAGGAAGUCUGUCAUUAGAAAACAUCCCAGAAUGCACAUCAGAACAGGCCUAGUGGAUGCUCACCUCUACUGUCUGAAAAAAGCUGUGGUUGACUUUCUAUCUGAAAACAAGUCCAUUUCAUCGAUCCGUGGAGAGCUGUUGCCAUAUUUGGUGCGUAAGCAGUUUUCCAAAACAGCAAACUAUGAGAAAAUAAAAGACGACUGCGAAGACCAAACGCAGAAAAAGAGCUCUACAGACGACGAGGUUGUCAUCUCAUCACGGGAUGAAUCCCUCCUCCAGCGAGCCCAGGAACUCUCCUGUUGGAAUGAUCAUCGUGGGGACAUGAGUGAAGCUUACCAUGGAGGAAAGCUGCGCUGCUACGUCCACAUUAUGGAGCAGGGACUGUGCUGCCGCGUUAACACGCUGGCUGCUUAUAUAGAGGCAAACCGGCUGGCUCCAAAGCUGUUUGAAGAACCAGCGGUCCACCCAUCUUCAGUCAUUUCAGAGAGAUGUCAGAUGGGAUCAGACAGUAUCAUCGGGGCUCUGUGUCAGGUGGCGGAUAAAACCUCCAUAAAAAGAUCCACGAUUGGAAACUCGACCACAGUAAAAGAAAAAGUCAAAAUCGCCAACUCCAUCAUUAUGCAUGGAGUUGCUAUCGAGGAGGGAUGCAACAUCCAGGGCAGCGUGAUCUGCAGUAAUGCAGUAAUUGGCAGAGGAGCAGACCUCAAAUAUUGCCUGGUUGGAAGUGGACAGUGGAUUGAACCAGAAGCCGAGAGGACUAACGAGGUCAUCGUUGGAACGGACCAGCUGAUGGAGAUCUAGCUUCUUCUAGGGAAAGAAAUGGCCUCCUUCGCUGACCCAGAGGAAAACAAAUUCCCCAGAGUUCUGAAGGAUUGACAGUGCUGCUCUCGCUUCUUUUUUUUUUUUUUUUUUUUUUUUAAGCGCUGUGUUCAAAUAAAGGCAAAUGCGCUGCUACUUAC